AUGAUCACUUCAAAUGAAAAAAAUAUAUUACAUCUAAGGACUAAACUUCACGUUGAAAUGAAUCAUCUGCAAGCAUUAAAUCGAAUAGUGAUCAUGUUGCAUCGUAGACGUGAGGUCGUACCAUUCAAUGAAAUCCAGGGUGUCACUUCGACAAAUGUUUGUGCCUACUCCAAUGGUGAUGAUCAUUUUUUCUCGGUUGAACGUCAUUAUUAUCAUGGCAUCUUUUUGGGCUUCAAAUGGGAAUGUAUCGAAUUCGCCCGUCGAUGGCUUUUAAUGCGUAAAAGCUGCAUUUUUUCUGGCAUACCCUACGCUGCUGCUGAUAUAUGGACUAAAUUGCAAGCACUCGAACGUGUUACCGAUGGCAAACAAAUUCCCCUCAUCGCACAUCUAAAUGGCACAUCAGAUAAACCUAAACGAGAUUCCUUACUUAUCUAUCCACGUAGUCCAGCGUUACCAUUUGGUCAUGUUGCGAUUAUAUGUGAUGUUGUACCCGGUUACAUUCGUAUUGCUGAACAAAAUUAUGAAUAUUACAAUUGGUCGGACGAUUAUUCUCGGGAAAUUCCAUUGAGAUUCGAAAAUAAUUGUUAUUACAUCGAAGAUCAACAUGAAGUUUACGGAUGGAUGGAAAUUGAUGAUAUUGAAAAUUUAGAACCAUUGGACGAGACUAAACUUGAUUUGAUCUUGAAGCAAUAUCAACAAACCAAUUCGAUGGGCACAUUAGAACGAUGUGUAAUACCAAGCAAAACGUCCACGUUAUCAUUUGCAUGGUUGAAUGAGAAUGAUAAAGCUGAGCAAUUGUUUAUGCAACUAUAUGGAACAGAUUUGAUACGUACAGACACCAAUACUCUACCUUUUUACAAAGCGAAUCAAGAUUUACUGUUGAAUAUUGGCGGUGUAUCGAAUGAACUACAUGAAAUGUUUCUUCAUGCAACUGAAUAUGUUUUAGAAAAUGAUGAUGUUUUGAGACAUUUCUGCAUUCCGGAAGUGUUCUGGCCGAAAAUUCGUCAAUCGUGGUUGAAUGAAAAACAGUUAACGAUGACAGGACGAUUUGAUUUAGCUUUCAACGGAAAAGAAAUCAAAGUUUUUGAAUACAAUGCUGACAGUGCUUCCGCUCUAUUUGAAAUGGCUGUCAUCCAAGAGAAAUGGGCGCAAACGAUUAAUUUCGAACGAACAUUCAUGUCGGCAUUUCAACUGCACAACAUUCUGGUGAAGAACUGGAAGAAAUUCUUGUCGAUUAAACGUGUACAUAUUCUAAUCGAUACCGAUCAAGAAGAAUUAUUAACUGCUUAUUAUAUGCAGAAUGUUUUGAAAGAUGCGGGUAUUGAUUCGAAAAUAUGCAUCAUAACUAAUGAUCUGUAUUGGAAGGAUUCGAAGAUAGUCGAUGGUGACGGUUAUGAAGUUGAAUUAGUAUGGAAAUUAUGGAUGUGGGAAACAGUUUUUAGUAAUUAUCUUCAAUGUGAAAAGGAAGGAACUUUAAAUCGACAAAACAAUGGUGAACAUCCAUAUCUACAUCAGGUUCUCUUAAAUGAACACAUUAAGGUGAUCGAACCAUUGUGGAAAGUGAUUCCAAGCAAUAAAGCCAUCUUACCUGCCCUAUGGUUACUAUAUCCAAAUCAUCCAAACCUUUUACGUAGUGAAUAUAUUUUAACCGAUGAAUUAAAACAAGUUCCAUUUGUCAAGAAACCCAUCGUUGGCCGUUGUGGUCAUAAUGUCACUCUGUUUGAUGUUAACGGUGAAGCAGUUAUCCACGAAACUCAAGGAAUAUUCAUCGAUCGAAAUUGUAUAUAUCAAGAACUAUUUUCGUUAACAAAUUUCGAUGGAUAUUAUCCAAUUAUUGGAAGUUGGAUUAUUCAUGGUUUAUUUGGUGGAUUUGGUAUACGCGAAGAUAAAAAAUUGAUCACCGAUGCUGAAAGUCCAGUGACUGCUUGUUGUAUAGUUUGGAAAUAA